GUGUGGGAGCAGCUGCUCAUGUUGCUGCCUCACCGUGUGGUGUUGGUGUUGCUCAGUGCGACUCUACCUAACGUCGUUGAAUUCGCGGAUUGGCUGGGUGGAGUCCGCGGUGGCACCUGCAUCCACGUAUGCCAAACCUCCAAACGCCCUGUUCCACUCAGGCAUUUCAUCUGCACGGGCCUUACAAGACCAACGCGCACCCGACUACACCUUGUCGUGAACGAGGAGAAUGAAUUUUGCACGCAAGGCUACCAGGAGGCAGUUGACUCGUACGAGGAGUUUUGGAGAAUGCGGCCUAGUGCAUACCUCGAGGGCUCGGUUUCUACCUCGGUGGGGAUAUUACGCCUGGUGCAGGAGCACCAACUGCUGCCCGCUAUAGUCUUCACCUUUUCGCGUGCGCACAUCGACGAUCUCGUCGACGCUGCCGACACUGUCGACCUACUCAACGAAGCUGAGAAAAGUGAAGUGGGCGCAUUCCUGCACGCGGCCGUCAGCAAUCGAUUGGAGACAAGUGAUGAGGACUUGCACCAAGUUCGUCUCGUACGCCGACUGGCAAUGCGCGGCAUCGCCUUCCACCACUCGGGCAUGCUGCCUCUCCUCAAGGAGGUUGUUGAAGUGCUGUUUCAACGGCUACUCGUGCGACUUGUCUUCGCGACGGACAUUUUCAGCAUGGGCAUCAACAUGCCUGCGAAGUGCGUCAUCUUCGAGGAUGUCAGCAACGCUUCCGUUUGCUACGAGUCCUCGUUGAAGCAGAUGGUUGUUGGACAGGCGACAGAGUUGAGUUCUAAUUUCAAGGUAACUCACUCGAUGAUACUCAACUCGUAUCGUGGAGACUUCCAGACGCGCCCUGAGGAACUCAUCAACCGGAGCUACUUAUUUGCCUGCGGUGACCAGUUUGAGCGGAUUUGGAAACAGAGAGCUCAACGUUUGCAUGAAAACCUGCUUACAACGACUCUAUUUGAGGCUGUUUCUGCCGCCACCGACUCGACCUCCUCCUCCUGCUCGCCGUGUAUCCAGGCAAGAAGUGGCAACAGAAUACCUGUCGCCAGCGAGGCAGACGCAAUGAUUCCAGCCUUGUACACCCUAGUCCGGUGUCCGGGUUAUUCGCCGCACUCUGCAGCGGCAACGGCGGCGGCGGCGGCGACGACGACGGCAGCAGCAGCAACGGCUGCUUCAGCUCACGCCACCUGCAUUUUGGAGGUGUCGCGGUAUUAUCAGAUGUGUUGCCGUUGGCGCCAACUUACGCAAAAGUACGCUGAUGUGGCAGCUAGACAACCUGAGCACAUUCUGCACAAGGUCUUUCCUGCCGGUCAAAUUGUGCUGUUCCAACUUUCUUCCGCCGAUUGCUGUCGUGCCUUAGAAUCGCCCAGGAGGAGAGAUGGUGGCUCAAAGUACGCUCCGAAGUGGAUCACUAUGGGCGUUGUCCUGAGCCUGCAUCCAAGAAAAGGCCCAUUCUGUGUCAGAGAUGAAGUGGAACUGAGGCUCUUCACGUGGGAGCUUGGGCCUCAAGCAAUCGCCACUGACGCAGCUGCGAUUGAUGGUAGCCAGAAUGGGGAUGAGGAGGAGAAGGCAGAGAAGGAUGAAGAGGAAGAGACGAUUCUGCGACGCAUGGGAUAUAAGCAUGGGACGAGUCGUGAGACUGCGUUUACUCCGUUUCCACCGCAACUGAUGCCGCAUUUCUGCCCCGAGUCCGAAGUGGAGAGCAGGGUGCGUCUGGCAUGUCAGGUAACUGUGCCCUUGACUGCGGUGCUGGCAGUGCUUCCCACGCGUGUGCCAGGGAGCAAGAGGAGUGGCUUCGCCCGGACCCUCUUCAACCAGUCACUGCGCUACAGUUGCAAUCGGAGACAGUCUGAUGUGGAGAGAAUGAAGGCGAGGGUGGAGGUAACGGAAGAGGAGCAGCCGUGGAAGGGAAGCAAGCUAGGCACCUUCAUGGCGGCCAACAAGGCACUGUUUGAAUGUGCUAAAAGGCAUCAAUGUGGCGAAUUGGACGCAGCUCCGUUUUGGCACCGCCUCGGUGUGAAGGUAGGUCCUAUUCUCCUCCUUAUCCUCCUCCUCCUCCUUAUCCUCCUCCUCGUCGUCGUCGUCAUAGUCAUCGACAAGAUUAGUGUCUUGUGCCAGGUUCUGCCACCAAACACCGUGUUAACGCACAACAGGUUCUAG